AUGGAUCUCCCGGAGAUAAGACGCUACUUGGCCCGGUUCCUGAACACAUCACAACUCGGUGCAGCCGUGGCUGUCUGCAAAAGCUGGCACUCCACCUUCAUCCCUUUCCUUUACUCCGAAAUCCGUUGGUCCAACCGCGACAAGAGGCCCGAACAAGAAGCUCUCGUGUCGUAUGGGGAACAUGUCCGAACGCUCCGACUAGUGCCUGAGACAGGAGAUUUCCCUCUUGAGACAUGCACCAGCCUUGAUCGCCUGGUCAUCAUGUGCCAUAAUAGAACCCCAAACUGGAGCUGGCUCGCGCAUCUCAUUCGCCAAAACCCUCAGCUCAGAAGACUGGAAGCGCACUUCCUCAGUAGCAGGCCUAGAUACGAACUCAUGGCAGCAGUUUCUUCCUGUCCGCGUCUCCGAUAUCUUUGGCUGACCUGCCCCACGCUUUCGAAGCAAUGCGCGAGGCUUUUGUUUGACACUUGCGUUCGUCUGGAGCGGCUUUCUAUCUUUGCGCAUGAUGUAGAUCUCAUUCCACUUGACAGGUGGCUCGAGUUCCCUCAACUGCGGCGCUUGGAGAUCCACAUCAAUUCCGGCUUUCCAUUCCUUUAUCAGCUUGAGCUCAUCAAGAGGUGUCCUCGUUUGAGAUCAAUAGACUGGAUUUGUUAUGAAGGAUUAUUCCCGACGGCAGCCUUUUGCCAGCUUUUCACCAAGUCGUGCCCACUGCUACAAAAGAUCGGUCUGGAGCAUUGGUCAUUAUUGGACCACGAUAUCGCCAAGGUUCUAGACAGCUGCCCGAGGAUGUUGAGGUUCGCAGGCUCUGAUCUCGGGUUUGACCAUCGAGCCUUUCAAGCACUUGUCCGCCACUUUGCAUAUCUGACAAUCGUUGAUGUCAACCAAUGUCCAGGGCUGACCAGUGCGAUGUGUCAGACGAUCCUGGUAUCCUGUACAGAAUUGCGCAUCUUUUCUGCAGACACUCUGCACGCCCGAGACAUACUUGGAUUGACAGUGGAGGGCGACAAGAUCAACGAAGGGGAGUUAGUUCACGAGCCGCAGGCAUGGGUAUGCACGAAGCUUCAGCAGCUGACGCUUUACAUAUGUGGGCUAGAGGGUAAACCUGCGGAUUGGCAGCGAUUAAUCCUAAGGCAGCUCGCGAAGCUGACGAGAUUGACAUUCCUAUCGAUCGUUCCGGAGGAUGGUAAUUGGAAUGGUACGGAGGACUCUCGUGAUGGUCUUGAUCUGAGAAUCGAGGCUGGGCUGGGCAUUUUGUCCAGUUUAAAGCUGUUAGAUUCGAUAGAGUUUACUGGUCUUUGGCAGCAGAUGGAAGAGCAGGAUUUAAGGUGGAUGCUGGAUGCGUGGCCGAGGUUGAGGGACGUCGGAGGAAAAGUGCACCAUUCGGAAGAACGACGACUGGAGCUGGAAAAGAUCUUCGAGGAGAGGCCCGUUGUAGUGAAGACCAAAAUGGAUGACAGUGAAGACUUUUACUACAACUUUUACUUUAACGCCCACGAAUCCAGCGACGAGGAUGAAGAAGAUUGCUAUUAA